CAUUGUUUCCUGUUUGUCUGCGCUGAAUUCCUAGAAGUUCUACAGCAGAACGGGCAAGAAAUUCAUCGUAAAAUACGCUCAAUUGAAGAAAUAUUCCCCAACUUUAAGCCUGUUAAAGACUUCUUCUGAAGUGCUAGCGCUCUCAUUUUGCGCCGAGAAAGAUAAAGCGUACCAAAUCGCAAGCUGCAUAUCAUCUGGUGAGAUGGCUGCAUGUGCUGUGAAAGCAGUAGCUCCAGUAUGGGAGGGCAAGCUGAAGAAUAAACGGUACAGAAACUGGUUGAAAGUUUGCUAUGCCCUGUCUAUCACAUGUGAAGGGGCCCAUCCUUAUGUCGAAAAGGAAAUAGCAAACUUCCAUGCCUCUUUGCUGACCAAACUUGUUGCUGCCCCAAUCUGUACAUGCCCACCUUUAGCACGUGCUGGUCAUACGAAGGGCUGCGUCUGGGCUCGUGAGCUAACUGGUCAUCAUCGCAGGGGUAAGCCCUUAUGGCAACAGAGCGACUCUACUAAAUGGACCGAUCCAGUCCAUGGUCAAUGGGAGGUAGCCAAGCUGUACAUGCCCUCACUAGGUGUGCAUGUGGCUGCAUGUGUCAACGCGGCGACCACAGAUCCCACUGGACUCUUGAACCUCUUAUAUUGGUGUGAUGUAUUUAAGGUUCAGCAAGUCCUUGUUGACGCAGUUCGCAUUACUCGUAAUAACUGCAUGCAUGCACCAAGUCAAGAACUACAAGACGUCCAAGUGCAGGAUGCUUUUACAUCUUUAAAAAAUUUUCUUCAGGAUCCUGAGUUACAACCUGACCCAAUUGCACAGCAUGCUCUAUUGAAAAUCCAAAAGCUGGAAACGGACGAUAUGAUAAGCUUUGAUGAGAUAGAGCUAAAAGUUCUCAAAGAUUUGAUUUACUCAUCAAAAAAGGAUACUGAUGACAAGUUAAAUAAACUCAAUAAAGCUCAAGAGGAAACAGGACAAAAGCUUGAUGAACUCAGGCAUGAGGUUGAUUCAAAAGUAUGCAUGGGUGACGUAAAUAGUACAGACAGACAAAGAAAGAUCUUCAUGAGCCUUUCACGCGUCUUUCCAUUUUUACUGUCUUGUAUUUUGACAACGAUUAGUCAAGUAGCUCACAGCAACCUAUCCAAGAGGCUGUUGGCAUUCUGCCUGUUUAUGUGCCUUGCUUAUGUUCUUGACGAGGGCACUUCAGACAAAGGUUGUAACGCCAUACCCCAUCUAGUCAAACACCUACACCUCCAAGAGUUCGACUUCUUGGAUCAGCUGGCCUCCUCAAGGCACGACUUCACUGGUCGUCAGUGGCUACUGGGAAAACUGCUUAACACUAUGGACGAAAACAAGAUCAGUAAAGGCGUCAUAAUCACCGGAGAUCCAGGAUCGGGGAAAUCUUCCUUUGUGGCAAAUAUUAUUUGUUCUCAACUUUCUAAUAAUUCUAUGCAUAGUCACAUUCUUGGAUAUCAUAUGUGCAUUCAAUCCCAUCGGAACACCAAAGAUCCAGCCAAGUUAGUGCGAAAUCUGGCAGCCAUGAUCGCCUCAAGGAUUCAGGAAUAUUCGGAUCUAAUCUCGAGGGAUCCGUUUAUCCAGAAGACUUUAGAUACGUGUGAGCAUGACUCCCCGGGCUGUUUUGACACAGCUGUCCUUACUCCACUUCGCCAUUUAAAAGACUCUCCGCCUAAAGAAAUGUUUUUGAUUGUAGAUGCGUUGGAUGAGUGCGUCACGAGCAACGCAAAACAAAAUGAUAUUGCAGAUCUUUUUAGUAAGAAGAUGGAUCGUAUCCCCUUCUGGGUUAAAGUAAUUUUCACAUCUCAAAAUGUUCCUAUGGUUUUACAAGAAUUUUCUCAGUUACCUAUUAUUGAAAUAAAAAAGGAUGAUCCGAGAAACUUGCGCGACAUUGAAGAAUACGUGGCACGAACACUUUAUGAACAGUCGUCAUACUUGUCACGCUUGAUGACAUAUCUUUCAAGUGACUUUCAACAUUCUAUCUCAUCUUUAGUCGAAUUAAGCGAAGGCAACUUUCUACUCAUCAAACUGGUCUUACAAUAUAGAGAGAUUGAGAGAGUACAAAUGAAAGAUCUUCCAAAAUCCAUCCAUGGAGUUUACCACGCCUAUUUCAAGCGUCAUUUUACAAAUGAGGAGUUCCGUGAAGUACGAAAAAUACUGGAAAUACUCAUAGCGACCUACGAGCCGUUACCUGUAAAAGAACUGUUUAAAAUUCUUCAAAAUUCAGAUGGCCUGGAUUACGAGUAUGACUUUGUCCCUAAAGUGAAAAAAAUGUCGAUGUUUCUCAGCUUUUCUGGAGCAGACCAAAAACUGAAGCUGUUUCACAGUACCCUUUCGGAAUGGUUGACCAGCAAUAUAACGUUUGGUGGACCUUUUUAUGUCAGUAAAACGAAAGGGCAUGAACACCUUGCAGAGUUUUACCUGACAAGGUUGAAUGACUCUGAGGCAAUAUUUGACUAUAAAUUUGGUUACAAUCUUGCAUGUCAUAUCUGUGAAAGUCAGCGCUCAAAACAAUACAAAGAGAUGUUUCUUAGUGUGGAUUCGAAGUUGGUGAAUUGCACAGAUGGUAAUACCAAUCUAACCGCAUUGCAUCUCGCUGCUAGUAGCUCGUCGAAUCCUGACGUUAUAGAACUUCUUGCGAGUCAUUUUGUGUCCAUGGACUCUCUUGACAGUAGCAGCCGUACUCCUGCAUUUAUAGCCGCAGUCUCUGGUCAUGACAAGGUAGUGGAAAGCCUAUGGGAAAAAGGAGCUAACCUUUUUUACGUUACAAGCCCACUUGACACUGAUAUUCAGCAGCGCUCCGAGAACCCCGUGAAAGACUGCAAACAAAUGAUGUGCGGUUACUCUUUGUUGCAUGCAGCAGCACAAGGAGGCCAUGAAGACACUGUCGAAUUGCUGUUGAGUCACAACCUAAGAUUAGACGCUGAGUCCGGCGCCGGUAAUACACCAAUGCAGAUAGCUGCUGAAAAUGGCCACGUGUCUGUCAUGAAGAUUUUGCACCGACACGGCGCAAAGUACGACGCUCGGCUUCUUCGUAGUGCUACCGCAGGAGGCCAUUAUUACACUGUCAAGUUUCUUCUCCAAGUCGGUGUUUUGGAUGAGUGUAUUCCGCGUGCUUAUUCCAUCUCUUCAAACUACAUGAAGCAGCCAAGUGGACAGAUAUUCGACGAUGAGUACCUUUGGAAGUGUGAGACAGCAUUGCAUAUUGCUUGUUCUAUGGAUCUGCCAGAAAUUGUUGGUUUGCUAGUGCACGGAAAUACUAGUGCCAUCAAUUGUCCUGACUACUUAGGAAUGCUUCCAAUUCACAAAGCUGUCGUCCACAAUAGCUACUCAUCACUGAAAAAGCUCCUAUGGGCAGGAGUGGGAUCGUCCUUGCGUUGUGACAAAGCAUACUUUGAUUACCCACGAAAAAGAGUUAACGACACUACGAUACAUUUGGAACCCUGUUGCUGUGCAUCUACUGCGCUUCACUUGGCAGCACGACAUGGUCUUAUCAAUAUUGUUCGACUUCUUGCUGAAAAUGGCGCCGACACAUCGGCUGUUGACGUCCAUGGAUCACAGCCGAUACACGUUGCCGCGUGUCAUGGCCGCGCUGCCGUCCUAUCGCUAUUUGUAAAUGUGUACAAGGUGGACGUUAAUAGUAGGGAUAUUCUAGGGCAGACACCAUUUAUCUACGCUGUAGAAUGUAAGGCGGAAAAUGUAUUCAAACGGCUUGUUCAUCUCGGUGCUGAUAUAUUCGCCGUCGAUAAGACUGGACGGUCGCCUAUCAUGUUAGACGCUCUUGAUGACCAAAAACUAAUCUUCAAGGACCCCUACGUGAGAAACCGAGCCGAUAUGGUUGAUUCAAAUUUAAAGGAAAAAUUAGACAGUCUCAUCGCCGAGGUAGUUCCGAAACAUUCACUGUCUUCAUCUAUACUGAAGAUUUAUCUAAAGGCAAAGAUAAAUGCAUCAAUCAUUCAGAGUGUGUUUGAAAUGAUGAGCGAAGAAGAGCUUUCAUUCCUGAGAAAGGGCAAGUUGGUGUCUUGUAAGUUAUUGGCAACCGACAUACCCUUGGCAUCUUCACCGAUUGUUCUUUUUUCCACCACGGCAAUGUUCAUUUCCCACGUGGAUAGCUUCAUAGCUUCCUUGAUUAAAGAUCGCAUGCGCAAGGAAGAGGUAAAUAAGACCGGUAUAAUACCUUAUGGGCGACGCCCUGCGUCCUCCACGUGCCGUAUGGGGAAUACGACACUGAACUGCUCUUUCCUCGUCUCUUCCGUCAGAAAAAACUACGUAUACGUGGCAGAUAGGCUUUUGAGUGCUGGUAUGGACGUGAACUGUCGCGCAGACGUGUCUGGGGACACUCCACUGCUCACCUACUUGCGCAAUGGCGGGCGCAACAUGGCCAAGGUACUAGCCAAGCAUAAGGUUAAGGCUGAGAUCAAAUGUGGGGAAUACUUUAAAGAUUCUGUUGUUCAUCUAUCAGCAUAUCACAAGUUACACUACCUGCAUUACCUUGACAUGUUUCAAGAAUCGGGCGAUGUUUUUCCUUUAAAAAAGGAUGAUAUGUUUGAUUACCUCCUUUUUGACUACGAAAGAAAUCUGGUCGAUGGCAAAAACGUCACAGUACAAGUUGGCGAUGGGCCUCUGAUUCGAGCGAUUAAGUCACACAAUCUACGUAAGGGCUAUAACGUUCUCAAUAAAUGCUUCGACAAUGAAGGAUUUUUGCCACUGCACCGGGCGGCCCAAGGAGGAAAUUUGUUGGCGGUAAAAAAAUUCCUGGAUAUGGGAGCUGACCUGAGCUUGGAAACAGAAGAUGGAAGAAGUGCUUUGUCCCUUGCAAUACAGUUCGCCGUUAAGUAUCGCCCACACAUGAAUUUUCACGAGCCGAGUAUCAUGACUGAUGUUGAAAUCUUUCUUGGAUCUGUUACAGCAAAAGAAAUCAUUACGCAGCAUAUUAAACAGCGAAAAAAAGAAAUUAAAAUAGGUUGCAAUCCGAAGUUUACAAGGCUCACUCUUUACCAUAUUGCUGCCUCAAGGGGGAUGUACCAUCUCAUCGUGUUGUUGUUAGAGCUACAAAAAACCUUGCCGCAGAUUAUCAGAGGGCUUGAUGAACACUGUGUUACUAAACAUGGUAUCACGCCUUAUUAUUUAGCUUUUUUAAAUGCGAAUGUGGAACACUCGUCUUGGAAGAAAACUUUAUCAGUGAUACAAAUGUAUAGCGCUGACAUGGCCUUAACUUACCGCCCAAAAGUUACAGCAAGAUACUUUUUAUUAUUCAAUACAUUAUUUAACACGUUUCCGGUUGAUAUGUUGAAAAUCUCAGCAAAUCCAUACGACUUGAAUUUCCUUUGUCGAUCGAAGCCUGAAACAUGUUCUGAAUAUUUGCCAAUUGUUCACUUCAAGCGUUCUCCUCGCGGUAGCUUACAAAAGCGGUUAUCAGAUAGCGCAUUUUCAUUAAUCCAAUUCUGGAAAGAGCUAAAGGAAUAUUUUGACAAAGAAAUUGAUUUUUUCACUAAAACAUGGAAGUUUAUGGUGCUUUUUUCUGGAAACUAUCGCUGUAUCAAAUCAAACAAUGCCAGGGAUAUUAAACGCCUAAUAAACAUCACGACCGACAAGCAAAAAAUACCCGAUAUGUGCACUGAACAGACAAGAACUCUAAUUGAAGACGUCACCAGGGAUUAUAAAAUUGAGAACAAAAACUUUCAAGACUACUAUAUGUCCUUCCUCGAGUUACUGGAAGAGGCAAAAAAUUUGGCAGACGAGGAGGAUAUUUCCGCUUUGAACAAGACAAUGUUGUGCCUUUGGCGUGACGGGACAAUGCGAUACAUUCGGCUUAGGUUCAUGGCGUACACUUUGGAUUUCAUGAAAAAACAGAUAGAGAAAAAUUGGAUAUUACCAAGUAUGGCACCAUUGAUGAAAAAGGACCUGCUUUCAAUUCAAACAAAUUUGACAGAGACCGAACUUCUUGAUAUUGUUAAAAUCCUAAGCGAGGGCACAGCGUCUGAGGAAUUCGUCUACCUGGGGGCACUUCAAUUUCCAAGGCCACCAUUGUAUAGAAAAUCAUUCACUUUGAAGUGAAAAAAGAAACAUACAUUUGAGCAAAUCGUCGCCAUUCAUAGCUAGACUUCAUUGAGUGAGGACCUCUGAAAAUGCCAGAAGAAAACAAUAGCAAAAAGUAAAAGCGUACGACAAACUACAAGAACUGUAAAAUACAAGAUAUUGUUAAAGAGCUAUCAUGCAUAUUCGGGAAAGUUUGUAGUAAAUUCUCUAAAAAAACGAGCAAAAAUUGUAUUCGAGAAAUUAAACACAGCGCGCGCUCGUUUAAAUUGAAAAAUAAAAUUCAAAAACAGCGUGUAGGGGGGGGGGGGAAGGGGGGGGGGGGUUGACACCCUGUCCAUGAGCACUUGGGCGUGAUUUUCUAAGCAGCAAAAAAAAAACGCGCGAAAUCCGCGGGAAAAAUCCGUCAAAUUGCUUCGAAGGAAAUGUCAAAUUAUCCUUAUUAAAUGUGUAAAACAAGUAAAUUGAAACCUAAAGGAAUUAAUAAAGUUGGGGUCAUAAGCUA